AUGCAUAUCAAGUGUAGUCACCCUUCAAAGCAUCAAUCAAAACUCGUUGUGAAACGCUGUUUCUAUGCCCUGGAUCUCGAAAAAGCUAUUAGUGACAUAACUGAUACCUGCCGUGUGUGUUCGUCACUUCAGAAACUUCCACAGCCAGUAGCUGAACAGUCCACACAACCUCCACCACAAUCUAUUGGAAUCUCAUUUGCUGCUGAUGUAUUGAAACGUUGCAAACAACUCAUUUUCCUUCUACGUGAAACAGCCUCUUCUUAUACUGUAUGUUGCCUCAUAGACGAUGAGCGUUCUACAACAUUGCGUAAUGCUCUGGCUCGACUUUGUCCUGAAAUGCGCCCAAUUACUGGUCCUCCGGUGGUUGUUAGUGUGGAUCCAGAGCCUGGUUUCGUGAAGAUUCUGCUUUGCUUCAACUCAGAAUUACUUUAG